ACGUCACAGCAGUCACGUGACCACGGCAACAGAAGCAAACAUGGCGUCGCGAAGUUAAGGCGAACUGCGCUGAGUUUAGAAACUGAAUCUCCUGCGAGGUAUUUGUUAUUUUUGUUGAAGAAUGUGAGCGCGUGUUUGUGAACAUACUGUAAUACAUGAAACGAGUGCUAAUUGUCGGUUUGUACGUUUUUGAACGUGUCGGUGACUGAAACUUUGACGGACGCGUGUAAACGUCAGAAAAACCCACUUCCGGAUCUUCAUCGUCUACACGUGUGUGAAAACUGUGCUUUAAAGAGAUGACGGAGGAGGAAAUGAUGAAGCUGGCCGUGCGUCUGAGCGAACAGGAAGCCAGUGACACGGCGCGUCGACUUCAGCAGGAAGAGGAGGCUGUGAUGAAGGCCAUCCAAGAGAGCAUGGUUGACCAGACUUCAUCUCAGAGUCGAAGCCUCCUCACUGAUGGUGACACAACUGUCAGUCUCUCCUCUCAAAGGAAAUGCUUGCGCUGGAGCAGGAGGAGGACAACGACGACAAACCUGAACCAAGAGUUAAUAUCAACUGCAAAGAAUCGGAGGAAGAAGAAAGAAGGAGGUGUGAGUAUGGAGGGAGCUGAGAUAACACAGCUCACCGAUGACUCGCCGCAGCUCGCCCAUGACUCGAUAGGAGUUGCGGUUGACUCCUUGAAGGUCGCAGAUGACUCCCUGAAGGUCGCCAAUGACUCGCCGCAGGUCACCGAUGACUCGCCGCAGCUCGCAGAUGACUCGCCGCAGCUCGCCGAUGACUCGCCACUGCUCGCCGAUGACUCGCCACUGCUCGCUGAUAACUCGGCGCAGGUCUCUCCUCUCCGUAAUUCCCCCACCUUCCCAGCGAGUGGCUGCAGGGUGGCAGUUCACGUUCCUCGACUGAGUCAGAACCUUCUGGAAUCCUGCAGGACGUCUGGGUUUGUGUUGUUUUCUCAGAAAAGCUGCUCAUCCUCACAAAUCACUGUCCAACCCAAGAGCCCCAAGUUUCCCAGAAGCCCAGGUGAAACAGCAUUGUGUCCUAACAGCCCCGCCUUCUCAGAGACUGAGCCUGGAAAUGAUGGCGAGACACAGCUGAGUCCAGAGUAUUUGAAAAGUCCAACAUUUAGUGGGAACAUGCAGCGUGAGAUGUCCUCUCAGCAGUCACAGAGACAGUCACCUGUCAGAACCACUUCCUGUUCCCUUAGUCCUAACAGCCCAGUGUUCCCAGGAAGCCCCAGGAAGACCUCAGAGAUGGACCAAGAAGAGACACACGGACAAAUUUCAUCUCACGCAAAGGAUGAGACGACGAGUCACUGUCUGACCCAGCACAGCAGCACUGAUCCUGAUGGAGGCAUCUGCUCAAACACGUCAGGCCAUGCACAGGAUGUGAUGGAGUCACUGAGAGACAAGAAAGCAGGUGAAAUGGAGCUGACCAGUGACAUGACGCUGGUGUGGUCAGAUCAGGACGAUGAUGUCAUCACGCCAACAGGUUAUGAAAGUCCAGUUUUCCCAGAGGAGUGGUCAGUGGGUCAGACACGUGUCAACGCUGCUGACCUGAACCACAGGUGUCCUACAGGGUGUCCUACGGGGGGUCCAGUGAAGACGGGCUCAGACGGCAGCAUCGUCUGUCAACAGCAGCUUUCCACCACAGAGCGAGAGCUGCAGCCAAUCAGCAGUGAGAGGGCGGGGCCAGUCGGGCCAACAGUUCACUACUACUGGGGGAUUCCGUUCUGUCCUCGAGGUCUGGACCCAGACUCCUACACACAGGUCAUCAUCACUCAGAUGGACGUUUACACACAGACUCUGAAACACAGUCAGAGGACACUGCUGAGGAAAGCACCGUGGGGCCCGCCAAUCCUGCCCCCGCCCCAGAAAUCUCCAUCACCAGAGUCACCUGCUGAAACUGCACCUGAACACAACAACGUGAACGCAAGACGACGUCUCAGACGGAGACACAAACAGCAGAGCGAUGCAGUGGAUACAGAGGAGGAGACAGAAGGACAGGUGGACGGUGACGUUUGUGCAGAAACUCAAAUGAACAACGAUGACAGCGACAGCACACAAGAUCUGACCGCGCUCACUGACGCCGCAGCUCAGCUCACACCUGGACGUGUGGAUCCUCCUGAGGUCGUGAUGAUGGUCACAGAUGAUUCUCCACAGCAGGAAGAGACGGACGCUGACUAUCCAUCGUCUGAAAAGAUGGAGGGAGACGCAGAUGAUGUGAGUCCAUAUGUGAUGAACGAGAAGGCGGAGCUAGAGAGGGCAGAGUCAGAGAGGUCAACGUCUCCAGAGCCGGAAGCGCCCGUCGUCUUCCCUCAGAGUUCUGACACUAAUGUGGACUGUCCCAUGUGUCAGGGAUCGUUCUCCGUGACAAAGAUUGAGCUGCAUGCGGCGUACUGCGACGGAGACGUCCAAGUUUGUUUGAAGCCGCGCAGGAAACGACCACGUAGAGGAAACCGCGCCGAAACUGACGAGACCAGCGGCGGCAGAAAACAGGAGAAAUGUUACAUCUGUCACAAAGUGUUUCCUCUCAGAGAUUACAGUCGACACACCGAGCUGUGCAUUCAUCAGUGCAACACACACACUACAGGAAAGCUGCUGUCGGCUCUGGAGCAAACGGAAAGCAGACGAUCAGAGAGCCGAGCGUCUGGAUCCACACUUCACUCACAUGACGUUAUCGACCUGCGGUUCGAUGAAGAUGACCGGAGGGGGAGGAGCUUGUUAUCAGUGCGAUCACAUCGUUCACGCCCACCUCAGAAGCUGCAGACCACCCAGUCCACUUCAGAAAACACCUGCAACUGAAGAAGGCCGGUCAGAGACCACGAUGAGAAGCCUGAGGACGAGGAGCCUGAGGACGAGGAGGAGGUUCUCACUGAACGUUAAUAACUUUAAUCACAUUAAAAUCUUAGUCUUAAACUUAACCAGUUCCUCAGAAAUGAGGUUCUGUCUCAUUAGGACCAGGUUUUAGUCUCCAUGAGCACGACUGGUUCUGACAAGUCACACACACAGACACACUUGGUUUCCUGUGACUGAUGAAAUGUUGUUUUGUAACGGUGACACAAUAUUGUCUUUCAUCACUCACUCACUCACUCACUGACUCACACACGCACACUCUUGUUUGUUUGUGUAAAAAACAAAAAACAUCAACACGAUAAAUCAAAUAAAACAAAAA